AUGGAUCGACGUAGGAACCGCGGGCUGGGGGUGGGAGUGGAUAAACAAAAUGCACUGAGCACAGGAUUUUGUGCAUCAUUUUCAACCACCAAUUGGCCCCUAGAGAUACUAAGUCUUAUUGAUUCAACGCAAUUACCUUUUGAAAGUAAGUCAUAUCUACAACAGCAAAACAUUUCAAAAUUAAAAUAUAACUUUUACUCCGCAACUACAACAGGAAUUCCACCUAGUACAACUCUAAAAACAACUCCAUCAGGACCUCCUCAAACAACUCCAAAAGGAACUCCACAUAGUACACCUCCAACUGGAACUUCAUCUCGACCUCAACUAACAACUCCAAAAGGAACCCCACCUAGUACACCUCACACUGGAACUCCAUCUGGACCAACUCCCACAACUCCGAAAGGAACUCUGCCUAUUACACCUGCAACUGGGGCUCCAUCUGAACCUCCUUCAAUAACUCCAACAGGAAUUCCACCUAGUACACCUCCAACUGGAACUCCAUCUGGACCUCCACCAACAACUCCAAGAGGAACUCGACCUAGUACACCUCCAACUGGGACUCCAUCAGGACCUCCACCAACCCCAAAAGGAACUCAAACUAGUUCACCUCCAACUGGAACUCCAUCUAAACCAACUCCCACAACUCCGAAAGGAACUCCAACUAGUACACCUCCAAAAGGAACUCCAUCAGGACCUCAUUCAACAACACUAAAAGAAACUCCUCCGAAUACACCUUCAACUGGAACUCCAUCUGGACCUCCUCAAACAACUCCAAAAGGAACUCCACCUAGUACACCUCCAACUGGGACUCCUUCAGAAUCUCCUUCAACAACUCCAAAUGGAACUCCACUUAGUACACCUACAACUGGAACUCCAUCUGGACCUCCUUCAACAACUAUAAAAGGAACUCCAGCUAGUACAUCUGCAACUGGAACUCCAUCUGGACCAACUCCCACAACUCUGAAAGUAACUCGACCUAGUACACCUCCAACUGGGACUCCAUCAGGACCUCCACCAACUCCAAAAGGAACUCAAACUAGUUCACCUCCAACUGGAACUCCAACUGGACCAACUCCCACAAAUCCGAAAGGAACUCUACCAAGUACACUUCCAAAAGGAACUCCAUCAGGACCUCCUUCAACAACUCUAAAAGGAACUCCUCCGAGUACACCUUCAACUGGAACUCCAUUUGGACCUCCUCAAACAACUCUAAAAAGAACUCCACCGAGUUCUCCACAAACUCCAAAAGGAACUUCAACUAGAACACCUCGAACUAGAACCCCAUCUGGACCUCCUUCAACAAUUCCAAAAGGAGCUUCAACUAGAACACCUCAAACUGGAACUUCAUCUGGUCCUCGACUAACAACUCAAAAAGGAACUCAACCUGGCACAUCUCCAUCUGGAACUUCGUCUCGGCCUCCUCCAGCAACUCCGAAAGGAACUCCACCUAGUACUCCAAUAACUCCCAAAGGAACUUCAACUAGUAAAUCUUCAACUGGAACUCCAUCAGGACCUCGUCCUACAAAUCCAAAAGGAAGUCCAUCUAGUAUACCACCAACUGGAACUCCAUAUGUACCAACUCCCAUUACUCCAAAGGGAACUCCUCCGAGUACACCUUCAACUGGAACUCCAUCUGGAUCUCCUUCAACAACUCUAAAAGGAAUUCCAACUAGUACUCCAAAAACUCCAAAAGGAACUUCAACUAGAACACUACCAAGUGGAACUCCUUCGCAAUCUCCUUCCACAACUCCAAAAAGAAAUUUUCCGAGUACAACUACAACUGGAACUCCAGAUGGCUUUCCUUUAACAUUUCCAAAAGGUACUCGUCUGAGUAUGCCUUCAACUAGAUCUACAUCUGGACCUUCUCUAUCAACUCCAAAGGGAACUCCACCUAGAACACCUCUAACUGGAACUCCAUCUAAACCAACUCCCACAACUCCGAAAGGAACUCCAACAAGUACACCUCCAACUGGAACUCCAUCAGGACUUCCUUCAACAACUCCAAAAGCAACAUCUCGGAGUACGCCUUCAACUGGAACUCCAUCUGGUCUUCCUCAAACAACUCCAAAAGGAACUCCUCCUACUACACCUCCAACUGGAACUCCAUCUGGACCUCCACCAACAACUCCAAAAGGUACUCCAUCUAGUAAACCUCCAACUGGGACUUCAUCUGGAUCUCCUCCAACAACUCCGAUAGGAAGACCACCUAUUACUCCAAAAACUCCAAAAAGAGCUUCAACUAGAACACCUCCAACUCGAACAACUGGAUCUCCUCCAACAACUCCAAAAGGAACUCCCCCGAGAACACCUCCAAUUGAAACUCCAUCUGGACGUCCUCCAGCAACUCCAAAGGGAACUCCACCUAGUACACCUCCAACUGGAACUCCAUCUAGACAUCCUAACUGA